AUGGGUGAGUGCCUCGCGAGCGCCACGGUGACCACGCGACACACGGAGGCGGUGGAAGAAGCCGCGAUAGCCCUAGCACUGGCCGCGGUGCCGAACGCUGCGAUCGUAAUCAGCGAAUCGCAGGCGGCAAUCAGAGGCUUCGCGCGCGGUCGCGUCUCGCGGGAAGCGGCCCGCAUACUCCAAAUUUCUUACGACGGCGACUCGUCAUUGCCCUCGCAACCCCAAAAUUCUACGAUUUUCCUCCUCUGGGCCCUGGCACACACCGAUAUCCCGCUCGCGGGCAACGAGGCGGCCCACGCCACGGCUCGAGGUCUCACAAGCCGAAUCGCCACAGAUUCCGUGGCCGCCGCCUCCACCCCCGAGAGCGGGGCAUCGGAUCUGCCGGAUCGGGACACUACAACAGAAAUGUGGCAACAAGAAUCGCAAUGGUGUGACCUAGUCAUGGACUUCGGCUAUUCCUGCGAGACACUCGAGUACACCACAGAAGACGGAUACGUCCUCGAAGCGGAUCGGGUAGCCGCGCCAAAGAAAGGAAUCGGAGCAAACCUAUUUGCCCCGCAUCACAACCCUAUCCUACUAGUGCCGGGCAUAUUGUCCGAAUGUGGCACGUGGUUCCUGAACUUCCCAUCACAGAGCCCAGGAUACAUCCUGGCUGAUCACGGUUUCGACGUGUGGGCCAUGAACACGCGUGAGAUUGCGGCCCGCUCCCGCAGCAUCUACAAUCUGCAGCAGAAUGACGACCGGUACUGGCAGUGGAGCUUUAACGAGAUCGGCCGUUACGACGUCGCCGCUGCCAUUGACCUCGUUCUAAACACCACGGGCGCCACCAAAGUGACGUUGCUGGCAUUCUCGCAAGGAUUCACUUCUAGCCUCGUCCUCCUUUCCACAAGGCCGGAAUACAAUGACAAGAUGCUCCUCGAUCCAAUAGGCGACAGCGGAUAUUUCUUCCUUCCCGAUGCACCCCGAGAUGCGAUGCAGGCAAUCUGCGACAACUACAAGGGAGAGCUGUGCUCCACUUCCCUAGUCGUCACAAUGGUCAGCAGCCCGGAGGAGGUGAACAAGACGCGAAUGUCAGUCAUCCUGGCUCACUACCCUAUCGGAACGUCUUAUCAGAACCUCCGCCACUUUGCACAGGUGCACAGAUCCAAAAGAUUCGCCAUGUAUGACUAUGGAAUGAUACAAAAUUUGCAAGAGUAUGGACAGAUGGUGCCUCCCGACUACCCCGUGGAACAGAUCACAGUUCCCGUGGCGCUGUUCUCGUCAGAGGGCGACACCGUAGCCGACCCGGACGACGUCGCAGCCCUCGCCGAAGCACUCGAUCCAACGCUACUCUUCCACCACAUUGUGCCUCCAAAAGACUUUCGCCACAUGGACUUCGUGCUGGGCCAUCGGUGCACAGAUUUCCUUCACGAACAAAUGCUUGGCACCAUCGACGGCAAGAUUCCGACAAGAUAAUGGAGAGUUUUCGCCGAGCGUUUGCCGUCCGCUCCGCUCAGACCAGUUUACGCUAGUAACUUUGAGAACAGCUUAGCGGGAACGCCAUUUCACUCGCGCACAACGCUGAUGCCGGCAGCGUAACGAUG